UCCUACUCCAGUACUGGUAACGGGAGCAAUCAAUAGCCCUGUGCGUGCUCCGACCUUCUACUACGUAAGCCCGCAGAGAAAGAUGGACUGGGGCAUGGUUGCGGCCAUCGUUGCCAUAGUAACCAUUCCGCUUUACGCUUCUCCGCUCUUGCUCAAACCCGCCUUUCAUCUGGUGUGCGAGUAUGUGAUCCGAAUCCUCUAUCGAAGGGCGAUGUGCGGGAGGAUCAGGUGGCAAGAUCUCCCAAGCCAACAGCGCCUCACAGUUGCCACUUCACACUCCGAAUGGUUCCGGCGAUCUAGGUUUGCCGGUACACCAGGAGUUCCGAAUCCCGGCGGUUCGAGCAAUGCAGAAAUUCUCAACUUUUUUCGACAUGUGUGGCAUACUGCGCCUCGACUGGGGGAACGACCCCGGUACCUAAAGCUCGAGAGACAGUACCUGGGCAUCGAUGCAAACGCCCUGAUAGUGGCCCUCAUGCUGGACGAGAGGGCAGUAUCAUUCGUUUUCUCGGCGAGCGAGCCUCAUCAUGUCGUCGAAGGUAGCACUUCCACCGUUCGAUAUGCACGCGGAUCGACGGAGGGCAUCUUUCGCCAUCACGAGACCAAUGGUGGCGAUGAUGCGUACAUCCUCGGCCGUCUUUACCGCUUUCCUCUCCCCCCAGUUGUCCAAAAUAGAUUCCACGGCCUGUCCAAGGACGACCUCCUCCACAUCUCCCAGGGCUACCCACCGUUCUAUCGCAGCACAUUCAAGGCCCGCUCCGGCGUUGAUGUUGCCCACCCGGUCCGCGAAGAGCGGGAUGCAACUCGCGCUGGCUGGGUCGUUGCCAUCGGCUUCUCUUCCGAUCCACCGAUCCACCUGUAUAACAAUAGGUUCAUGCCUCAGUACGAAGAAGCAUGCUGCCGGGUUCUCCAUGUACUCGAAGACAUCCUCGUCCCGGCGUUUAAGGAUCAUCAAGGUGUAGGACUGAUGUUACGAAACGCCGUAGAAGGUGUCAAAAACAUGAACCGCGCCAGGACAGGAAGCGUCCUUUUGCGUCGCAUUCAUAUUGCCGUCUUUGGUAGCGGUAAUGAUUUUGGCAACAUCGGGGUCGAUCUAAACGCCAGAGACAUUCGUUUGAUUUUGGACCUGUUCAACUCUUACAGUAGGGGUGAACUGAGCGACCCCGAGCGUUCUGAGAUGGAGAGGAUCGUACCUGAGGCGCUGAAGGCCGCCGUAACGGGCGUCUACACGUGGUGGCAAUAUGUAAAUAACCAAGGCCAUGCCAUUCCCGAGUGGCUCCUAGACGAGAGAAUACAGCUGUGCCCGAUAUGGCUCCAGGACUGGGAGGAAGAGAUAGGACUAUAAAUGCCGAGCUUAUUGGAGGUAGUUAUAGGGAUUAACGAGCUACAUGGUGUACCUAUCAAACCACUUCUUGAACCAAGCAGACACACAGUGGCACAGGAAGACUAAAUACAUGCCUAGUAAAACGAGA